CGAACACUACCAUUGAGAAAUACCUAAAACUAAAAAAAGUUCCAUUCUCAGUUCAAUCACCAGAAUACACCACCAUGUACUGGCUGACAGCCAAAACCGUCGUCGUUUCAGUCCCUCGCUGGCGCCCUCUAACUCUUCUGCUUCGUCCCCCUCUUCAUUCCCAUCCAUUCACUUCCUCUCCACCUUUACUCAUUAAGCAGUGUGAGCGGAUUUGUUGCUUCAAAGAACGGAAGCUUGUGAAAGGGACAACAAAAGCAACUAAAAAACUAAAAGAAUUGAAAAAUGACCUUGAGGAAAAAGAUUAUUCUAACAUUUUGUGGUGGAAAGAGAGGAUGCAAAUGUGUAGAAAGCCUUCUUCUGUUCAACUGGUUAAGAAGCUAUCAUAUUCUAAUCUGCUGGGAUUGGAUGUCAACUUAAAAAGUGGGAGUCUAAAAGAAGGAACUCUUAACUCGGAGAUGUUGCAGUUCAAGUCUAAAUUUCCCCGCGAAGUUUUGCUUUGUAGAGUUGGGGAUUUUUACGAAUCUAUCGGAAUUGAUGCUUGUAUUCUUGUUGAAUAUGCUGGUUUGAAUCCUUUUGGUGGUUUGCGUUCAGAUAGUGUUCCCAGAGCCGGAUGCCCUGUCAUGAAUCUACGGCAGACUUUGGAUGACCUGACACGUAAUGGGUAUUCUGUAUGCAUAGUGGAGGAAGUUCAGGGUCCGACUCAAGCUCGUGCUCGUAAAAAUCGUUUUAUAUCUGGGCAUGCACAUCCAGGUAGUCCUUAUGUUUUUGGACUUGUCGGAGAUGAUCAUGAUCUUGAUUUUCCGGAGCCAAUGCCCGUAGUUGGAAUAUCUCGAUCUGCAAAGGGGUAUUGCUUAAUUUCGGUGCUGGAGACUAUGAAGACAUAUUCUGCGGAGGAUGGUCUGACUGAAGAAGCAUUAGUUACCAAGCUCCGUACUUGUCGGCACCAUCAUUUGUUUUUGCACACAUCAUUGAAACACAAUUCCUCAGGGACUUGCCGGUGGGGAGAGUUUGGUGAAGGUGGGCUAUUGUGGGGGGAAUGUAAUGCCAGAUACUUUGAAUGGUUUGAAGGCAAUCCGGUCAAUGAGCUCUUGAUUAAGGUAAAGGAGCUUUACGGUCUGGAUGAUGAAGUAACAUUUAGAAAUGUGACUGUUGCUUCAGAAAAUAGGCCCCGUCCUUUACACCUAGGAACAGCCACUCAAAUUGGUGCUAUACCAACUGAAGGAAUUCCUUGUUUGUUGAAGGUGUUGCUUCCAUCAAAUUGCACUGGUCUGCCUGUUCUAUCAACACGUCUAAUGUGUAAACCUCCACCUUACUCUGGUGCUAUUUCCACAGAACUUGAUCCAAUAUAUUGGGUGAGUUUGUGGGACCUUUUGAAAGAUGUUGAACAUAAUGGUGUUGGUUCUGAUUCUAUUGGAUAUUGGUGGUUGCUGAUGGCUUCAGUGUGUUGGUCAAAUUCUGUGACCCAAAUUGUAUUGAAUCUUGGUUCGAUUGCUGAGUCGAGAAGUCCAUUGGUUCAAGAAGUUUUCAAGAUUAAAGACUGGAAUCGUGAUGAUAAGAAGACAGUUCAAGCUACAUCCUUGGAAUCUACCUGUUAA